CUGGAAAGCAAUGACGGCUACUUUUCUGAGAGUCCGAAAACACUCCGAAUUUAACGACAUUCAGGCGACCGUAGCUGUCCCUGCAGUGGCAUCAUAUGAUUGCCAGGGGAAAUUGUGCCCAAAUAAGGUUAAAUUGUUUGCACACCGAAAGUGUGCUAGACACUCCACCCUUCACUGUCGUCACUCUGUGCUCAGACGGGAAACUUGAACGUGCUGAACUAGAACUUUCUGGAAAGCUUAUAUGUUUUGUCAUUUUUGUUGACAGCAACAUAUUUUUGGAACAGGAUUUGGGUGUUUUCCCUGAGUUCAUUUUUACUACUCCUUUCCAUCAUCGGAGCCUUGGCCGGCGACAUGUUUACCCACACGUAGAAGAUGAAUUUCAAACCGUGGUGACACUGAAGAGGUGGCUUCACAUUUUUUGGUCCUGUGUUCCUGCCAAUCUUUGAACAAUGCCAUUUUGGUCUGAGAUGGACCCCUGCCCUUUUGGUCUACUGAACAGAGAGAAGAAACAUGGCUCUCUUUCUCCCAGUGAUCAGCAGCUGGGUCUGUUCUUCUUCAUGACCCGUGGCUGGGUGUAGAUGCCUCUUCAACUAUUACACUGACCAUUUCUUACCCGUUUUCUAAACCACGCAGGCCUCAGAGAAUGCUAUGUCCAAGGAAAAAGAGGCCCACUAAAGAUGAGGAUUUUUCUGCCAUUGUUGUGCCCUCUAUGAAGGGUCAUGGUUACCUUGACUACACUAUUGAGACUCAUCCGUGCAGAGCCCUGAGGAUCAUGGAUGAAUUGCGUCACCAUGAGAUGCUUUGUGACUUGGUCCUUCAUGUCACUUACAAAGAUAAGAUUGUGGAUUUCAAGGUGCAUAAAAUUGUCCUGGCUGCAUGCAGUCCUUAUUUCAGAGCCAUGUUCACCAGUAACUUCAGGGAGUGCCAUGCAUCUGAGGUGACCCUGAAAGACGUGUGUCCUCAGGUCGUAGAGCGGCUCAUAGACUAUGCCUACACGUCCCGCAUUACGGUGGGAGAGAAAUGCGUCCUGCACGUUCUGCUUGGAGCCAUGCGUUACCAAAUGGAAGACGUGGCUAAAGCGUGUUGUGACUUCCUCAUCAAGAACCUGGAGCCUUCCAAUGUCAUCGGCAUCUCCAGGUUCGCAGAGGAGAUUGGCUGCACUGAGCUGCAUCUGCGCAGCAGAGAGUACAUCAACACACACUUUAAUGAGGUGACAAAGGAGGAAGAGUUUUUCAGCCUGUCUCAUUGUCAGCUGCUAGAGCUGAUCAGUCAGGACAGCCUGAAGGUGCUGUGUGAAACAGAGGUCUACAAAGCCUGCAUCGAGUGGGUGCGCUGGGACGUGGAGAAUCGGGCUCAGUACUUCCACGCCCUUCUCAACGCCGUCCACAUUUAUGCACUUCCGCCCAAGUUCCUCAAGAGACAGCUUCAGUCCUGCCCCAUACUCAGCAAGGCCAACUCUUGCAAGGACUUCCUUUCCAAGAUCUUCCAGGAGAUGGCACUCAGAAAGCCUCUGCCCCCAGCACCCCACAGGGGCAAUCAGCUGAUCUACAUUGCCGGGGGCUACAAGCAGCACUCCCUGGAUACCAUGGAGGCCUUUGACCCCCGGAGAAACACGUGGCUUCGGCUAGCAGACAUGCCCACCCCGUGUAGUGGGCUCGGAGCGUGCGUCCUGUUCGGCCUCCUCUACACCGUCGGGGGUCGUAACCUCUCUUUGCAGAAUAAUACAGAGUCAAGUGCCCUGUGCUGCUACAACCCUAUGACCAACCAGUGGACCCAGCUGGCCUCACUCAGCGCGCCCCGAAAUCGAGUUGGUAUCGGGGUCAUUGAUGGGAGUAUCUAUGCUGUAGGAGGGUCCCAUGGCUCCACCCAUCAUAAUAGCGUUGAGAGGUAUGAUCCAGAAACGAACCGCUGGACUUUGCUGGCCCCAAUGUCUGUUGCUCGGCUGGGUGCGGGUGUGGUGUCUUGUGGGGGGGCUCUGUAUGUGGCAGGGGGCUUUGAUGGGGAGAAUCGCUGGAAGACGGUGGAACGAUAUCACCCCGACACUGAUACCUGGCAACAGGUAGCACCUAUGGACUCAGUACGGAGUGGGUUAGGACUGGUGUACUUAGACAACUAUCUGUAUGCGGUGGGAGGAUAUGACGGCAGAACUCAGCUGAACACUAUGGAGCGCUAUAAUGUGUCCAGAGACCUAUGGGAACCGUUAGCCUCGAUGAAGCACUGUCGCAGUGCUCAUGGCACCACCGUCUUUCAGGGCAAGAUCUUUGUGCUGGGUGGCUUUAACCAAGGAGGGUUCUUGUCCAGUGUGGAAUGCUACUGUCCAGAGUUGAAUGAAUGGACUUACGUAUCAGACAUGCCUGUGGGACGCAGUGGAAUGGGCAUCGCUGUAACCAUGGAGCCAUGCCCUGGCAACCUUCCUGAGGAGGAAGAGGAGGAGGAGGUGUGAACGCUUGACUCCUUCAUCUUGCUUAUGAAUCAGUGAUUGGGGCCACACAUAGCCUGUCGACAGGAAGUCAAGCUGGGAGACGUUAUGGAAAUGAUGCCAAUAAUGACCUCUUAUCACUAGCUCUUAAUAUGAUUUGAUAAAGCUUGUUUGCACAAAUCUCUCUGAAUCGUAAAAUAUACUUGAUGAAAGAGAGACAGGUGUUGCCAAUCACUGGAUAUAUGAACUAAUUUCUUGUCAAUAUAAAUGCUGUUUUUGAGAGGGAUGUCUCUCUCAUUCGCAGUGAACUCUGUCAACAUGUCAUGAUUCAGUGAGCUUUAGCUAUGUUUUUUUUUUUUUUUUUUUUUUUUGAGUAUGCACUGUUCAAUUCAUUCAUAUGAUAAAAAUGAUAAAUUUCAUGAACAUACCGCACCGGCCAGCUGUUCCUCUGGCACAUUCAAACCUUUGACAGAUAGAAAUUCAGGGGUGGACGCAAGUGUGUAGCAGCAACGUAUCUUAUGUAACUGUGCAAAGUCGUUAUUCAUGUAUUUCUGAUUUGUCACAGUUCAAACCAAGUUAAUUAUUAUUCAGCUUUCUGUGACUUGUCACAGUGGGCACAUAUAUUGUUUACUAUGUCCAGAUAUUACUUUGGUUUAUAUAAAAUGUAAUGAAUUACAUUUAAAA